AUGCUGAUCUCAACUAUCGUUCUCGCCAUCUCCUUCCUCGUUGCACCAGCCGCCCUCGCCAAUCCCACCUCCAAGCGCGCCUAUAUCCCAGAGCUCAAGCUCUCCCUAGAGCACAUCGACCAAUCAUGGAAGAAACUCGAGGGCGACAUUGUAGCUUUAUCCCAGGAGGCCACGACGGAGGACUUCGAGGCUGUCAAAUCAUCGAUGGACACACUCACCAGCUACGUUCGUCACGGAGAGUACCAAGUCGCCAUCAGAACAAACGGUCCUUUCACAAACACCAAAUGGUCAGACGAAUUCAUAGAGGACAUGAAGCCGUACCAAGCAAACGGUGCCAACGCCCUGCGUAACCUGAGGUCGCACGUUACUCGAAUCAAUGAAACCGGCGGUAUCGAUCUCCUCAGAGAGUUUGACACAAGUACUGCAAGUUUGACUGGAGCCUUUGGCGAGAUGGAGUGGGACUUGGAACGAUACUUCUUCCAAUUCGUGAGCGGUAAAGAGCUCUUGGCGCCUAUCCGGGAAUCCCGUCUCGUACAAGAAGGACGCGAAACGGCCGAACUCUUCUAUCAGACUUGGUGUGCGAUCGAGUGGGGACAACCAUGUUGGUAA